AGUGCAACACCGUUUGUCAAUCGGAACGUGUGUCACCCCUGAAGGAAAAAUCCCGCGAAUUUCCGUAACAAAUCCCAUCAUAUGAUUGCAAUAUUUUGUGAAAGCUUGCUUCUGUAAAAACAUUCAAAAGCUCUCCCCUGCAGUAGUGAACCAAAUACUAACUGGCUUAUUUACAAUAAAAAGUUCUAUUGGAAAAUAAGUGAAGAAUUUAAGAAGCGUAUGUUUUUUCUCGCCACAUUAUCUCAUAUGUGUGUUCCUGUAAAAUGUUGAGGACAAAUGUGAAAAAUGAUGUGUGAAAAUGGUGGACAAUGUGAAGGUGUGUGCGACAAUGCUACCUACCCCUGGGGCUGUGUUAGCUCUGAAAAAUCAACAUUGUGACUGAAUCACGUGCCAAAGUGGAUAAGGAAGAUUGCUAAGGAUAAAUAAAAAAAAGAAAAAAAUUCCACAAUCAGCAUGAUCCGCAAUUUCAUUUAAUUGGCUAAAAACCUUUCCGGUAGCCAGCAGUACAAGAGAAAAUUGAGAAUUCUCCGCAGACUCAUGCCACCAUUCUAAGCUCAGCGAGGGCAACCAAUUAUGCUACUGAGAUAUUAAAUUCCCCAUAAAAGUCUCAUCUACAACCAUCUUGUGGAUUCGGCAAGAAAGAGGUAGAAAAACACAAGGAAGAUUAUCUCAAGUAUUCUUCAUCGAAGAGAUAACCCCCUCGAAGAAAGAAAACACACGGAGACAAGUCAGGAAGGAUUGAAAAGUGGCGCAAGAGUGCAAAAUGAAAAUACUCUACCGGUUUCGUGUCUACAUUGGAUUUUGCCUCUUAAUCCUCCAGUCAAAAAUCAAAGAAAGCUUCACAUUAUCCACAGCAAAUCCCAUUGCUUUGCCCUACUUCAAUUUCGAUGUGCAGCGAAAUGUCACAGUGACUGUCGGACAAACAGCCUUCAUCCAUUGCCGUGUUGAGCGACUCGGUGAUAAAGAUGUUUCGUGGAUAAGGAAAAAGGAUCUCCACAUCCUCACCGCAGGCGCGCUAACUUACACGUCAGAUCAACGAUUUCAGGUUAUGCGAUCGGAUAGCACCGGAAAUUGGACACUCCAGCUGAAAUAUCCGCAAAUUCGGGAUUCAGGAGUGUAUGAGUGUCAAAUAAAUACAGAACCCAAAAUGUCUCUGUCUUAUGUACUCAACGUUGUAGAGCUGAGGGCAACAGUACUGGGGCCAUCUGAUAUGUAUGUAAAAUCGGGAAGUACCAUUCGAAUUGUUUGCCGUAUCCCACAAGGACCACAUGAUCUGGGCAAUGUGUUUUGGUACAAAGGUGCUGAAUUGCUGCAAGCGGCGCAUGCAAAUGAAGUUUAUGCUGACAAAACCCAAAGAAUAACAAUAGACUCUGAUUGGGUGGAUGGAUUGACUUCCAGAUUGAUCAUCCAAAUGGCUGUGCCCAGUGACACGGGAAAUUAUUCUUGUGUGCCCACAACUGUUGCUAAACCCGGAAGUGUUUAUGUUCACGUAAUUAUCGGAGAACAUCCAGCUGCGAUGCAACACAACUCAGCUGAACGGACCAUGAGGACGCGUGAGAGGAUUGGUGCAUUUAUUGCUGUGACAUUUCUAGUUCAAUUUGCAACCAACAUAUUUGGGUAUUGGACAUCCUCCUCAGUACUACUGCAUCAGCCAGGAACCUCCCACAUCCCACGGGGUGGCACGAGAUGAAACUUUCACCCCUGCCGAAGGCCCUUAGCCAUCCCAGCUUGACUUUCACACAGCCGGAUGAAUGGCAGUGGCACCUCGGCACAAUACAACAUCCUCGGCGUUGUGGAGGCAAAGUGUGACUGUGCAAUUUGAGAAAAUUCAAUAUUAUCCCAAAGAGUGGAUGUGCAUAAAGUGGCUAUAUAUGAAAAAGAAACUUGUUGGACUUCUUUUCUUCCAUACUCCGCAAAGGGAAGUUGACAAAGAAAAAUUUGGCUCAUCACAUUUUUACUAUAGAAAAACACACAUUAAAUUGAAGUCAUAUUACGAAGCUAGGGAGUAGAUGCAUAAAAUACAUUCCGAGAAGAGCUUCAGUUUCAAGAGAAUUUAUUAUAACAAAAAAAAAAAGGAAAUAAAAUAUGUUUUAUUAUUAUUAAUGGGCAUUUCAUGGCCAGAAGCAAAAAGUAAGGAAGAAAGUUGUAGGUAUUUUAUUCUUUUUGUAUUCCUUUCUGUUAAGCAAAGAAAUCAAAAUUACUCAAAUUAUUCUAAUCUCUUAAAAAUCAUUUCAUUUCCUGGAAAAGAUUAUGUAUAAUUUUGUGAGAAACUGAAUAAAUCCUGUAAGAAAGUAA